CACGCUUGUGUAUAACCUGAUAUACGAGCCUGUGAUGAAUAGGCCAAGAAGUCCAAGUAUGGUAGGUUUGAGUGGAGGAGGUGGCGGUCCCUCUGGAGGAGAGAACGGCAUUAACAGCUCGAGGGAAUAUAUUUACACUCCGGUGGCCCUGAGAUACGUCCAAGAUGAUAUGUCAUUUCGGUGGACCCGAGCAGACUUCCCAUCAGCGACGGCUCGAGUUCUUGUUGAUAUUGAUAUCCACUUUGACUAUCGCCAGCAUAAUGCUCGCCUCACUCGCCCUUCGUUCCGCUGUGGCAGGAUGCCGCAAUUACCAAUGCAAGAAUUUUGCCAAAUGCUACCAGGCCAUCACCAAGUUCACCAGGCCGUUUGCAACUAUGCAGGACAAGCAGGCGACUAUGCCUCCAGGCUACAAAGCCAAAGCUGGAGCCUUCCAAACUUUCGAGAUCCCGCAGCAGGUCACUGGCUCCCGUGGCGACAUUAUUCUCGGCAAAGCCAUGAUCAACGCAUGGCGCCGUGAUGGGAUCCUUCAAGUAUCCAUGGACGAAUCCCAGCGCAGCGUCGCAGACAAGGCAUUUGCGACGUCCCAGCGCUACUUCGACAUACCAUACGACCGCAAGGCGAGCUGUGUCAAUGACCAGAGCUUCUCGGGAUAUAUCGCCUCGGGUGAAGAACUCACUGACAACAUCGCCGACUACUCGGAAAUCUUUACCGUCACCAAGGAUCUUCCUCAGUCCGACCCGCGCGUGAAGGCGAAGUGGCCAUGCCAUGGCCCUUGUCCAUGGCCAGAUACUAGGAUGAAGAGCUCUAUCAAGACAUACAUGAACCAUCUUGGCGACUCCGGUGACAAGAUCCUCCAGCUCAUCGCCUGUGGCCUUGAGCUGCCCGAUAUCAAUGAACUCACCAAGUAUACCCGAGAUGGAUGGCACCACCUUCGGGUACUGCGCUUCCCCGCCCGCGACAAGACCAACGGCAAGGGGAAGGAUGGCCGUGGCAUCGGCUCCCACACCGACUAUGGCCUUCUGGUUAUCGCUUCGCAAGACAGUGUGGGAGGACUUUUCAUCCGCCCACCGUACAAGGACGAGAAGUACGCCAACUGGGAGAAGAGCGUCGCCGGCGCGUAUGAGAAUGAUCACCGCUGGGUAUAUGUACCGCCGGUCCCUAACGUCUUCACUGUUUUCCCAGGCGACAUGAUGCAAUACAUCACCAACUCCUACCUCCCAUCCACUCCGCAUAAGGUCGGGCUCAACAAUGACCAGCGUUUCGCCUUCGCCUACUUCCAUGAGCCCAACUUUCAGGCUACCUUGGAGGCGCUGCCCGGGUUUGAGAGCGAUGAGAACUCCAGGGGCAUCCACUACGGCACUCAUUUCACCAACAUGUCUAUGAGGAACUACCCGCAGCGUAUCACCGCCAAGCGUAUCCGCGCAGAGAACCGCAUGGCAGUCCUUCAUACCCCCGAGCUGAAGACCCUAGGUGCGGCGCCGAAGCCAGCGCCUAAAGAGGAGCAGGGAGCGGAGGGCGGCAUGCAAAGGAUUGUCGAUGCGGUCAAGAAUAAGGCAGAGGAGGUGUUCUUCAGUAACCAAGUUGCUGUUUAAACGCCCAUACGACGUGUGUGGCUAAUCUUGUUCAUAGAGACGUAGCGGAGUCUGGCAGGGAUCCAUUUCAGGGGUCCACGGCUGGGCGUGCGAGCCUCUUCUUGGAUUUGCUGGGCAAUCUACAUUCGUUUACAUAGGGAGGUACCGUACGCAACAGUACUGGAUGUUGCUUUAUCUGGUUUGAGAGCAAGCGGGUUGUACGAGAAUUGGUUUGAGAGGUACGAUUAUUUGGCACGGUUACCACUGGACCACAUUGUGAGAACGAUGGGGCAAAUUGAG